GCUUAGAGAAGCGCAUUCGCCCACCUUUCCGCUCGGGUCUAUAUAACGAGACCGAUAAGUAGUCUACCAGUACUUCAUCCCGGCUGAUAGCAUGUUCACCUCUCUAGCGAGUUUAAAAACAAGAUAGAGCAAUCGACACCUAUCUAAAAUGGACACAGAAAGCACCAAUAGUUCUAACGAAGGACUCGUCGAGGCGCUCUGGCGCAAGAAGCAGAUCACCCACCCACUCGUCAAGGCGGCAUUCCUCAAGGUGGAUCGAGGUCAGUAUGCCCCAGAGAACGCGUAUGAGGACAAGCCCCAGCGCCUUAGCCCGCGAGCGUCCAUCAACUCCCCGUCUAUGCAUGCGAAGGCAGUCGAGACGUUGCUGCCGUACCUGCUACCGGUCGAAGGCGCGGAAGAAGCCGUCGGCGUCAGAGGCCGCCCGCGGAGAAUCCUUGACAUCGGGAGCGGUAGCGGCUUCCUCGUGCACGUAUUCGCAGAGUUGGCCGGCGAGACGAGCCUCGUCGUCGGCGUGGACCACGUCGAGGACCUGAGGAAGCUCGGCGAGGCCAACAUGCGCAAGUCGGCCGAGGGCGCCGCCCUGGUCGACUCCGGGCGCGUGCGUUUCCGCCUCGGCGACGGACGCAGAGGCUGGCACGAGCCGAGUCCCGAGGACGCAUCAUCGCCGAAUAACGACGGAUGGGACGUCAUACAUGUUGGCGCAGCGGUGGUUAAACUACACAACGAGCUUGUACGACAGCUUAGGUGCCCCGGCCGUCUGUUGAUCCCCGUUGCUGAUGAAGAGGACAACUGGUUCUCGGACAAGUAUAUUUGGACGGUGGAUAAGGACGAAAACGGUAGAAUCACCAAGAAGAAACACAAUAAAGUUUGGCUUGUGUCGCCGAUGGACGUACCGAGAAGGUCGGCCACCUAGGGAUGACCGUCCGGCUGGCCCGGCAAGGACCCUGUGUAGCAAGAAAUGGACACUCUAUGGGGAUUGGCAUUUCUUUCACUACAUUCCCGAUACCCAAGUGUCCGCGUUGUCGUUAGGUUCGAUAAUCAUAGCCUUGUGUUGCUGAACCACCCCCUUUCCCGACAUAACAUUACCAUCGCUACGUUACACACAGCACUGGUG